UGGACUUGAAACUGCUCGACAAGGUAUCGGUUUCCUCAACGUGAUGGAGUCGACGACGGCGGUGCGGCUGCGGUUUGAGCUGUGGAAGUUUAUGCAAGUGUGGCACGCGCCCGAGCUGCUACAAAAGCAGCAGCACGUCAUUGCCAAACCCAUCUAUCGCGCGGCGGCGCUGCCACGCCCGCCACCCGUGGACGUCCCUGCAGUGGCAGCUGUAGUGGACACCCUUCUCUCCCCGCCACCUGUGGCGGAAUUCCCCAAGCGAUCUCCACCCAAGAAAUCGAGCCUCCAAGUCACACUCGACCAUCUCCUGGCGUUCAAAGAGAAGCAUGAAAAGAUGCCGUUUGUCCUGGCGUGGAACAUCGUGUAUCAGUACCUGAUCCUUGGGUCGUCUUCCAAGCUCGUCGGGGCCAUGAAGAAGAUUAACACGCAGGAAAAGCUCGAAGACGAACUGAUCAGCGCAGGCGUGAUGGAGCACGACAUGGUCGACAUCGAAGGACUCAUUGCUCUGCUCAACUUGCGAGGCGACCAGCCCAAGAAACGACGCCCGUCCAUGAUUUAGCUCUGGCGACACCCACUCCGUCGCAUGCGUCCUCGUCAAGCUCUGUAACGUCAAUGAUUCUUUCGUCA